AUGGUACCAAAGCUGAAAACAUUCUCGCAAACACGUCAAACAAGAUCGUCUUUCGGCUGGCCUCCGGCUGUGACUGCCCAGGGGACGCAGGGGACGCAGGGGAAACGCGGGCUCGGCCAGGCUGGCAGCUUCUCGGCGCAAACUGAACCCCUGGCCGUGCGACGUGCCCGUCCUCCCCGCCCCCAGUGCAACGGCCAUCUCAAGCCCACGGCCGAGACAACGGUCCAAUCAGUGCUGACCCUCCCCGUCCUCCCGCUCACCUUUCCCGGAGCCCGCUAG